UCCGGCGUGGAGGCGAUUCCCAUGUUGGAGCAACAGCAGCGCGCAUGGCUGGAGCCAGGCAGGAGUCGAUGAAAGGCUCAACACCAGGGAUACCACAGGGCCCUUGGGAAUCUGACUUAACUAUGGAUCUGGAGAAGCUUUCAGUCUGGGGAUCAUUCAAACAAAGAACCAAGCCUUUCUUACAAAACCUGAGCAUCAGAAGGACCAAGAAAACCUCUUCCAAACUGCUGGAGAGGAGGCGACGGCAUCCCUUAGACCGGCAACUUAGUUCCUCCAUGCCUGACAUGCUGAAUGUAGAGGCAAUUGUCAAAGAAGAAAUGAACUAUUCGCGUUCCAAAGCCAUGUCCACUUUCUUCCCGAGCGGCUUUUCCGCCACGGAGGUGUACCUUGAGAAUAGCAGCAAUGCUUCCUUGGAACAGACUGGGGAGGAAUGGCGGUGGAGCCAGCAGGAGACGGUGCGCGUGGAAAUCGGGGUUAAAGAAACGGAGCAAGCGGCGCCAGAAGUGAAGCGGAGGUCCAGCGAAGAUCUUGUGGAACUGUUGAAAAGGAAUAGUUUCAACAGUGACUUUGCAGAAGACCCACUUGAGCGUUCAUACAGUGGUUCCAACCUUGAGUCAUCGUGUUCAUCUCAGCUAUUUGAAGAGCAGUCCGCCCUCGAGGAAGGAAGUGAUUGCUUGAGUAAAUUGCCCAGCUCCUUUGCAUAUCUGUUAAUGAUCCAUCUGAAAGAAGGCAGAAAUUUGGUCAUCAGGGAUCGCUGUGGUACGAGUGAUCCAUAUGUCAAGUUUAAGCUGAAUGGCAAAACCCUCUAUAAAAGCAAGGUCAUCUAUAAGAACCUGAACCCCAUUUGGGAUGAAACUGUCGUGCUUCCGAUACAAGCGCUUGAUCAGAAACUCUGCGUGAAGGUAUAUGAUCGCGAUUUAACCUCUUCAGACUUCAUGGGUUCAGCAGUUGUAACUCUGGGCGAACUGGAAUUGAACAGGAAGAGUGAGAAGAUUCUAACACUUGAAGACCCAAACAGCUUAGAAGAUGACAUGGGUGUGAUAGUGCUGGACUUGAAGCUUGUUGUGAAACAGGGAGACGUUAAAAGAAAUAGAUGGGUGAACCGGAGAAGACGCUCUUCACCGAAGGUAAGCCUCAUGCGAAGCGCCAGGCUGGAGGAUUCUUGGCGAAAAAGACAGCUGUGGAAUGGAACGGUUACCAUUGCUUUACUGGAAGGGAAGAGUCUCCCCACAGGGGGAAUGAUGCACAUAUUUGUUUUGUUGAAAAUGGGAGACCAAAAGUAUAAGAGCAAGACACUGUGUAAGAGUGCAAAUCCACAGUGGAGGGAACAGUUUGAUUUUCACUACUUCUCUGACAGGAUGGAUGUGCUGGAGAUUGAGAUUUGGGGAAAAGAUAACAAAAAGCAUGAAGAAGUUUUGGGAAUGUGUAAAGUUGACAUUGGUGCACUCCCUGGCAAACAAGCAAACUAUUUGGAAUUGCCACUGGAAAGACAGCCGGGGUCCCUAUUGAUGGUGAUCUCUGUUGCCCCCUGCUCGGGGGUUUCAAUCUCAGAUUUGUGCCUUUGUCCACUGGGAGACCCCAGUGAGAAGAAAAAGAUUUCCCAGCGCUAUUGUAUAAGGAAUUCACUCCACAACAUGAAGGACAUUGGAUUCUUGCAAGUCAAACUUUUAAAAGCUGUCGAUCUAUUAGCUGCAGAUUUUUCAGGGAAAAGUGAUCCUUUCUGUGUACUGGAGCUAGGGAAUGGCAGACUUCAGAGUUACACCGUUUACAAAAAUCUCAAUCCAGAGUGGAACCAGGUCUUCACUUUCCCCGUUAAAGACAUCCAUGAUGUUCUGGAAGUGACAGUGUUCGACGAAGAUGGAGAUAAACCUCCUGAUUUCCUUGGGAAAGUUGCCAUCCCUUUGCUGUCUAUCAGAAAUGGGCAGCGAAGUUGCUACACACUAAAGAAUAAAGACCUGGAGCUCCCUUCGAAAGGUGUGAUCCAUUUGGAGCUAGAAGUCCUGUUUAAUCCCGUAAAAGCAAGUAUCAGAACCUUUUCACCACGUGGGAGGAGGUUUCUGGAAGACGACCGCAAGUUUUCGAAGAAGAUCUUAUCAAAGAACGUUGAUCGUGUGAAAAAAAUCACCAUGGCAAUAUGGAACGCGAUACAGUUUCUCCGGAGCUGUUUUCUCUGGGAGUCUCCUGUAAGGAGUGUGAUAGCAUUUGUGGUGUUCGUAGUCACGGUUUGGCAUUUUGAAUUGUACAUGAUGCCCUUGGCAUUGCUGCUGCUUUUCGCUUACAACUUCUCCCUCAUCACUCCGGAGAAAGUUGCCAACACCCAAGACAUCCAGGAUUGCAUUGUUGUGGAGGAGGAUGAAGAUGAAGAUGACAAGGAAUCCGAGAAAAAGGGCUUAAUAGAGAGAAUCCACAUGGUGCAGGACAUUGUUAUAACCGUCCAAACGCUCCUGGAGGAAAUAGCAUCUUUUGCAGAGAGGAUAAAAAACACGUUCAACUGGACAGUUCCUUUCCUCUCUGUGUUGGCUUGUUUAGUGCUUGCAGUAGCAACGAUUAUGCUGUAUUACAUACCACUAAGGUACAUCGUUUUAAUCUGGGGCAUAAAUAAAUUUACUAAGAAGCUUAGAAAUCCUUAUGCCAUUGACAAUAAUGAGUUGCUGGAUUUCCUCUCCAGGGUACCAUCUGAUGUUCAAAGGGUGCAACAUGCUGAAUUGAAACCAUACAGCGGCUCCAGUCCCAUUAGGAAGAAACGGAGCGCUCUGUAGGAUAUGGAGUUCGGAAUGCAGCAAGGAAAAAA